GCAACAAUUUUCGUUACACAUACCUACAUACAGUAAAGCAAAUUUAAGUACUCAUUAAAGUUACAGUGAGAAUCAAACAUGACCGUACAACAAAGUGAUAGUAAAUUGCGAAAACUUGCUGCCGGUGUUGGAUUCGUUCAAAGUUUUGCAUGGAUUAUUAUGUCUAUGAUGUGUAUAGUAUUCUAUUAUUCACCUGACCUGCCUACUACUCCUUCCAGUUACAUGGGUACAGUAGGAGCACUAAUUUAUGGCAUGUUCCUAUACAAUGAUGUAGAACAGUUUCCUAAUCAAACGUUUACUGGUACUAUUUUCAACGUCUUCGUGUGGUUUUAUCUACUUUUGGAUGUGUUUUGGUUGUUUGUGUCUAUUCACUUAUUCCGGACGAACACUCCAAAAGCACUAAGAGCUUGGGGUCAUUGUACAUUAUUGAUAUCAUUGCUGGACUUUAUAACUUUUGUUAUAUUGGGUGCAGACUAUAACAAAUGCCUGGAUUUUGCUCAAAACUUUACUUUAAUUGACGAGACAUAUGUAUUGGCAUUGCAACAAAUAUGUGCGAACAGUAUCUUACCACCUUUCAUCAUAGCAGCGAAAGGAUUUACGUUGUGGGUAUUUAAUAUUGCACUGGGUAUUAUCCUGGACAGAAAAAGUAGGCAACUGUGAAUGGUAAAAAUUAAUAAUUUUGAGGGCUCCUAAAGAAAAGGAUAUUUUAUAAUUCCUCAAAGACUGAAAAUCUCAUAUUUAAAUUAUGUAAUUUAUUUAAAUAAAUAAAGUAUAACUUGUUACAAA